CUAAACGCAGUGAAAUCUGCUCCGGUACUUUGUGGCUUUUGUUUUUUUGCAUCAGAGCAAGCUAACGCGUUAGCUUUGCCCCGAACAUUUUCUGCUGUCCUUCUCAUCAAUGUCAGAUAGGAAAAAAGCAGCAGGACAGAGGCUGUUUGUGCUGACUGUUAGCUAGCUUUUACAGUUUUAGCAAACAACAGGAUAUUGUUUGGUAGGCUAACCCAGCCAACAAGGCUUUUCUUUGCUCUUAGCUCGUAAAGACACUUUUACAAGAACUUAAGAUAAUCUCUCUCGUUGAAUCGCAGUUUACGUGUUUACAGUCUUCGAUGUAAGUAUGGCAGUAAACGUAACGUGUGGUAUUACUUAAAUAAACCUCGACCCACUCCCUUAAGACUGAGCCGAGGCAACAAAGCCUGUUAGGAGUUAUGUUUAGCCUUGUUUUUGUUGUGCGGGGUUGCUUAUUACUUGGCUGUGAAUCUGACCAAGCCAGAGCUCCCUUCAGACCCCACCGGACCGAGUUGUCACUGUGGGCCGAAGUGUCACAAAGGCAUUAGCUGAAAAAAAGACAUGCAUUGGGAUGACUGAAAAGAGGAUACAACACCAGAAGACUUUAAAGAUGACAACUUCAUGGAGUGACAGACUGCAGAACUAUGCCGACUUGCCUGCCAACAUGGAUGGCCUGACAAUGAAAAAAUACAGAAGAGAGCCAUACCACAGAGUGUUUGUCAACAGAAGUUUGGCGAUGGAGAAGAUUAAGUGUUUUGGCUUUGAUAUGGAUUACACUUUAGCAGUGUACAAGUCACCUGAGUACGAGUCACUAGGUUUUGAGCUCACGGUGGAGAGGCUGGUUUCCAUUGGUUACCCUCAGGAGCUGCUCAGCUUCGUCUAUGACCCCUCUUUUCCCACCAGAGGCCUUGUGUUUGACACUAUGUAUGGAAACCUGCUGAAAGUUGACGCCUAUGGUAACAUCCUGGUCUGUGUCCAUGGAUUCAACUUCCUCCGAGGCCCUGAAAUCCGUGAACGGUACCCAAACAAGUUCAUCCAGAGAGAUGACACAGAGCGCUUUUAUAUCCUUAACACACUCUUCAACCUGCCAGAGACCUACCUCUUUGCUUGCCUCGUGGAUUUCUUUUCCAACUGUGACAGAUACACAAGCUGUGAAACUGGCUUCAAAAAUGGCGACCUCUUCAUGUCCUAUAAGAGUAUGUUCCAGGAUGUCCGCGACGCUGUCGACUGGGUCCACUUCAAGGGUACUCUGAAGGAGAAGACAGUUGAAAACCUGGAGAAGUAUGUAGUGAAAGAUGGGAAGCUGCCUCUUCUCCUCAGCCGAAUGAAUGAAGUCGCCAAGGUUUUCUUGGCUACCAACAGUGACUACAAAUACACUGAUAAAAUCAUGACCUACCUGUUUGACUUCCCUCAUGGCCCAAAGGCUGGUUCCUCCCACCGGCCCUGGCAGUCAUACUUUGAUCUGAUCCUGGUGGACGCCAGGAAGCCGCUGUUCUUUGGCGAGGGUACGGUGCUCAGACAAGUUGAUACGACAACAGGCCGUUUAAAGAUAGGAACAUACACAGGACCUCUGCAGCAUGGCAUAGUCUACUCUGGAGGUUCUUCGGACAUUGUGUGUGACCUGCUGGGGGCCAAGGGGAAGGACAUAGUCUACAUCGGGGACCAUAUCUUUGGAGACAUCCUCAAGUCCAAGAAACGUCAAGGCUGGAGGACGUUCCUGGUUAUACCUGAGCUGGCCCAGGAGCUGCAUGUGUGGACUGACAAGAGCUCGUUAUUCGAGGAGCUGCAGGGCCUGGACGUUUUCUUGGCAGAACUCUAUAAACAUCUGGACAGCAGCAGCAAUGAGAGGCCAGACAUCAGCACUAUUCAGAGAAGAGUCAAGAAAGUGACACACGACAUGGACAUGUGCUAUGGCAUGAUGGGCAGCCUCUUCCGCAGUGGCUCCAGACAGACCUUGUUUGCCUCUCAAGUGAUGCGUUACGCCGACUUGUAUGCAGCCUCCUUCAUCAACCUGCUGUACUAUCCCUUCAGCUACCUCUUCAGAGCUGCACACGUGCUGAUGCCCCACGAGUCAACGGUUGAACACACCCAUGUGGACAUUGACACAGAGUCUCCACUAGCCACACGCAACCGCACCCAUUGCAGCGACUGCAAGGACCUGGAGUGCAAACGCAACCAGCUGACCCGCUCUUUCAGUGAAAUCAAACCUCCCAACCUGUUCCCCCAGACUCCGCAGGAGAUCACUCACUGUCACGAUGAGGAUGACGAUGAGGAAGAGGAAGAGGAGGAGGAGGAGUAAUAAUAAGCUGAGUCCUGCCUUUUUAUGGUUCCCAGUACAGUCAAGUAGUUAUUGGUCUCAAAGUGAGGCAGGGAGGAAAAACAUCUCCAGUGUGUGUGUGUGGGCGUGUGUGUGUGUGUGUGUGUGUGUGUAUAUCAAUAUUAUGUAUACACACACACACACACACACACACACAUAUCUGAAGAUUUCUGAGGAAAGUAAAAAAGGAACUGUUAUGAGAUAGAUCUUAUGACUGUCAGAAGACUGUGUGCAUGCUCGGUCCUCUAAAACCCUGCUUUCCCUAGCUUCAUUAUUAAUGAAAACACUUAGAUUGAUUUGAUUUGAUUUCUGUAUUAUUUUCACUCUUGGACACAUAGAGCAUCACAUGUCACUCUGUGAGUUAUAUAAGCUGACUUUUAAGACCUGCUGAUGGAGGAAAUAGCUUACAAUUACAGUGAAAUCCAUCAGAUCUGGUCAGUAAACUAAUCCUCACAGACGAGCCUCGCUGACACAGUAUGCAAAUUAUAAUCAAAUGAAAAACACUUAGCUUUCACUGUGUCGAAAAAAGAUGCACUUACAGUCCUAAAAAGCUGACAGUUUUUAUGCAACAUGGGAUCAAUAUUCAGUUUUUCAUCUGUUUCGUUUUGUUUGUUUUCUUGUGCUUAUGGAGGAGUGCUUUGUUCUAACUUGUACGUAAGGGUUUGUGUUUCUGUGUGUCCAUCUCCCAAAGUAGCAUCCUGAGUGACAGUAAGCUAAGAAUCCAUGACUAAAAUGAAGCACAGGAGCACUGGAGCACAAGUUGGCGUUUAACCAAUCAAUAACCAGAUGCAUUUUUUUCAUUUGGGUUUGACUUGGAGAACGUGGUUGUGGUACACGAGUGUCUCUCGAACUGAUGUCUUGUUACCAAGCAACAAUGAGGACAAAGCACUGUAAACAUAUUUUAUGCUGACAGACUCUAUGACAACCCUGAACUACAGUAGUGUUUCUGUAAAUAGCCAUCAGGUGAAUGGUUUAACACCGUAAGCAGCUAACAUGCAGUAUUUUCUCCACGUAAUUAUUUUAGAAGGUACGAGUGUUUUAUUUGACUGUUUCAAAGGGUGUUUCAGAGAAGAUGCACAAUACAAAACAGUUUUGAGAGUUUGAGUUCAAGCAACUUGUAGAUGUGUGAAAUGGUCUUUGUCAAGAGUGUAACAGGAGCUCGAAAGUGGCCUCAGUAUGAGAUGAAAUGAUGCUUUUAAGGAUAUACGGUGUAAAGCUCAGAUCAGUAAGUCAGCCUGGCUUCAAACUGUGAUCAACUUGCUUUGUUUAUCUUCUCGUUUUCUUUCUUUCUUUCUUUUUUUUAAAUCUGCUGAUCUUCAAUUAUUGCCGUGAUCCUCUGGGGGAAUGGUAUCAAUGGAGUGCGUAUGCAGUAUUCUUCUGUCGGACCUCUGAACACUGUGAAGCGACCCUUUCAUCAUUGUGUCGGCUGUAGGUGUGAUUACUAGUUCAGAAUUUAAAACUGGAUGAAAAUCUCUGCGUUUGUUUUGAACAUUUCAGGUCAACAAAAUUCUAGCUUGUUGAACUUAAAAAGCUGAAACGUUGAAGGUGACAUUAAUUAAGAGCUUAACUCAACUCAACAAAGCACAAUGUAAACAGAAAUCGAAUGUGUAUGAAAUCACGAUGUGUAUGAAGCAUGUGACUUACACAUCCAUGGGAGGCAAAAACAUCAGAUCUGUGUGACUGUAGUCCUCAUUAAAUUAAUACAUAAAACAGAUGCAAAUGCAAAAGUGUAAACGUGGGUAGAAACUUGACAAGUGACCAAACAACCCGUCGGCUGUCAUCACAUUUUGAUUCAAAUGUUGCUAAAUCCUGAUUGGUAAACAAAAGUAUGUGACAUCAGCUUUUUCCCUUGGCGCCCCGCCCACUACAAACUAGUGAGAAGAACACGGAGAAAACCAGAAAUUCAGAUCUCAGACCUGUUGAACACGUGUGUCGAAACACAUCAGCGUUAGUAUGCACAACAAGAAGAGAGCUGCUUGAAUUUCAAACAUGGUGACUUGAUCUUUUCUUAACCUUUUUGACAUGUAUCCGUUAUGCUAACUUUCCUCACCUUUAUGUUUAGUCUUGACAUGUUGUAUCAAUCAUGCACGUGUUGGAUCGGCCUGUUGACUUAGGCCACAAAAGGGAAGGAAAUGCCGUCGACUUUUUGCAGUAUUUGUGGUUUGGCUUGAUGUGGUGUGGAGAAAGGUGGAUGUGUUUAACUGCAACUUUAUGUGAUGAUUCUUUGGUGAAACCUUGUAGGAUUUUAAGAAACAUAUAACAGCUGUUUAUCUUUUUUUCUAUUCGUUUUUUUUUUUUUUCUUUUCUUUUCUUUUUACAAAUGAAAUAUUUGUAUUCACAAUUUCAAUUUUGUUUUGACCAGAGAAUAACUGGAUAUGCUACUGGAGGCAGCUGCGUUGCUAGUAGGAAAUAGAUGACUGUCUUUUUUUGCAUAAUAUGCAUAUGCAUGUGAACAUAACAAGCAUAUCCAUUCUGCCAGGGUGGUUAUGGUCGCAUUGGUUUUAUUUCUAGGUUGAACUGCAUCAUUUUAGGAAAAAGCUUUUUUGCCUUUUGUCAUUGUAGUUUACACAGGGACAAAAACACCUGAAAACCUGUAAAAAAGGAAAACUUACAAUGAAGGAAAUGUGAACAGCAUGUUAAGUACCAUAACAAAAAUGUUCCUUGUAUUCAGUACCAUGGGGUUAUUUUUAUUUUUCUAAGCUAGUGUUUUUAAAUGGUCCUGGUUUACAGAACUGUAAAUAUACAUUUCCAUCUCCUUUUCUUAUUGUUUUUUCCAAAUAACUUUUUUUGGUUAACUUUUAUACAGUACCACGUAAGUCUGUCGAUCUGACUUUGAGCUAACUAAAACUACAGAGUUUUAGAAGAUUUUUAUCCAUUGCUGUGAUGCCCACAGUGCAUCCACAUUAAAAACAGGUGCCAAAACAGUCACCUUUCAUUUUCUAAACUAUAGAAAUCUUUUAAUGCAUAUCAGUUCUCGUUCUCCCAGUGUUUUGUUUGUUUUCAAAAAUGGUCCUACAGACUGUACAUUGAGUUAAAUUACAUAAAAAUGUAGAAUAAAGAUAGUUUUUCAUAA